GAAUUCCGAGAUAAGCUGUACACUCCCACGCAGAGAGAGAGAGAGAGAGAGAGGUAUGGGGAAUUUUCUGGCCAGUUUUCUGGGCAAGGAAGAACCACCACCACCUAUGGUUUUGGUUCCGCCCCUAUUUGAUUUCCCUCCUUUGAUUUCACGUACCAGGAUGUUGGAAUCAUCAUAUGACUUGUUAUUUGGAAAGCUUGCAUUGAAAUGCCUUUUCGAGGACUACUUUGAACAAGCAGGGCAUUUUAGCACAAGAAUUAUGCUAAAGCCAAUUGAUGAUCCUAGCGUAGAUCUGAUUGCAACUGUUUCAGGUCCACUUGAUCAUAAUACUAAAGAGAAUAUUGUGGGAAAUGCUUUGUUUCGGUGGCAAAGGGAUGUUGAUGAUCCUCAUACAUUCAUGGAUCUCUUUGUGUCAACUUCUCAACCGAUUUUGCGCAUGAGGUCAUGUGCUUAUUAUCCUAAAUAUGGAUUCGGUGCAUUUGGCAUUUUCCCAUUAUUAAUAAACAAAAGGGUAUGUUCAGAAGAUUAUGGUGUUACGGGCUUGAGAUACGGGUCAGGAAAUUUAUCUUUUGGAGCUACAAUGAUCCCCUUCUAUUUGGGAGAUGAGUUUCCAAGAAGUGCUUGGUUGGUAAGCCGAAUGGGAAGGCUAACUGCAGGGGUUCAAUACAAGCCACUGUUGAAAGACAAAGGUGGUGCAAACUUUAACAACUUAAAGAAUUGGAGCUGUGCAAUUGGCUAUGGAUUAGGGUCAACUAGUCCUUUGAGCCCAUCUUUCAAUUUUGGCCUUGAAUUUGCUAGAAGUUCUCAGAUGAUUGCUUCAUUCUAUCAACAUUUUGUGGUUCAGAGACGGGUGAAGAAUCCAUUUGAAGAAGAUGAAAUAGUUGGAAUCACAAACUAUAUUGACUUUGGCUUUGAGUUGGAGACAAGCAUUGGUGGAGCUGAGUCAUCAAAUAGUGCCCAAGAUGCCACCUUUCAAAUAGCUGCAUCUUGGCAAGCGAAUAAGAACUUAUUGGUUAAGGGAAAGUUGGGUCCUAUUAGCUCGUCAAUAGCUUUGGCAUUCAAGUCAUGGUGGAAACCUUCCUUCACAUUCAGCAUUUCAGCUGUUAGAGAUCGUAGGCUGGAGAAAACUGCAUUGGGAUUUGGACUCCGUAUCGAGGAUCUUCGAGAAGCCAGCUAUGAAAGAGCUGAUCCAAAUUAUGUAAUGUUGACGCCGAACAAGGAGCACUUGGCACAAGGUAUUGUUUGGAAAAUGGGGAAAAGGCCAAUGCUACAAUCAGAUGUAGACACUGGGAAUUUUGACAAUUUACCAAGGGAACUGAGACCCCUGGGAAGAAUUUUGUAAUUUUCUUCUGUUUUCUUUUCAAUUUCUCCAAGCCGGCCACAGAAUUUCUAUGAAACAUUUACGAAUGGUGGAGCAUUCCAAGUAUCCUGUGUUGGAUCCUUUCCUAACUGACUCGUCAGAGUAAUCUGAGGAUGAAUUUGGGUCAUUACAAAAGCACUGGCCUAGGAAGUAUUCAUUUUGUCUC